CACAGAUUGUUCAAGAUGCUCUCUUUACGUUUGUACGCUCAAAAAACUCUGACUAGGUAAUUCAUGUAUUAGAACAUCGUGUUCAAAGUAUAACAAACUGAUAGAAGCAUUUCAGGGUGGUCAGAUAAUUUGCGUAAACAAACCAGGCUAUCUGAUACUAUUUAUUCCCGAGAGGACAAAUAUGGAGCGCAUAAUUAUCAUCCUCUACCAGUAGCUUUGAGCAAAGGCAAAGGUAUUUACGUUUGGGAUGUUGAGGGAAACUGUUAUAUGGAUUUCCUGAGUGCUUAUAGUGCAGUAAACCAAGGACACUGUCAUCCACGUAUUAUUGAGGCACUCAAAACUCAGUCAGAAACACUCACUCUUACCUCACGUGCAUUUUAUAACGUUUGUUUGGGGGAAUUCGAGGAGAUGGCAGCAAAAAUGUUUGGGUACGAUAAGGUUUUGCCUAUGAAUUCAGGAGUCGAAGCUGGUGAAACUUCGAUAAAACUUGCACGAAAAUGGGGUUACAAAGUAAAGAAUAUUCCGGAUGGACAAGCCAGAGUAGUAUUUGCUGAAGGAAACUUUUGGGGUCGCACUUUAGCUGCAUGCUCUUCAUCUACUGAUCCUACUUGCUACUCAGGAUUUGGACCAUUCAUGCCCGGAUUUGUCACUGUUCCUUAUGAUGACUUGAAUGCUCUCGAAACCGAAUUGGAAAAUCAUAAUACUUGUGCAUUUAUGGUGGAACCGAUUCAAGGUGAAGCUGGUGUUCGUACACCUUCAGAUGGUUACCUAAAGGGUGUGCGAAAAUUGUGUACUAAAUAUAGUGUGCUGUUUAUAGCUGAUGAAAUACAAACUGGUUUAGGUCGAACAGGAAAACGGUUGUGUGUAAAUCAUGAAGAUGUUCGACCUGAUAUCGUUCUACUUGGGAAAGCUUUAUCAGGAGGAGUACUUCCAGUAUCCGCUGUUUUAGCUGAUGAUUCAGUUAUGUUGACUAUUCAACCUGGUGAACAUGGAUCAACUUAUGGUGGUAAUCCAUUAGCUUGUAAAGUUGCUAUGGCUGCUUUAAGAGUAUUGGAAGAGGAAGGUUUAGCAGAACAUGCACAGAAAUUAGGUGAAAUCUUUCGUCAGGAACUGAGUAAACUUCCAAAAUCUGUCGUUGAAUUAUAUCGUGGUAAAGGUCUUUUAAACGCGAUUGUAAUUCGUCAAGGAUUUAAUGCGUGGGAUGUUUGUUUAAAAUUACGCGAUCAUGGUUUGUUGGCUAAGCCAACACAUGACACAAUCAUUCGAUUAGCACCGCCUUUAGUUAUUAAAGAAGAUGAACUGCACAAAGCGACAGAAAUUAUACACAAAGUGAUUGGUUCAUUGAGUAGAUCGUGAAGAAACACAGGAAAAACAAACAGCUAUGCUAUUUCGGACAUAUUUCAUUGUAAUGCUACAAAAUUUUAUUUGACCGAAUUCGUUUUAAAUCCAUUGCCAGAUUCAUUGUUGUAAUUCAACUUAAAAGUGAAAUUAAAGAACCCUUCUACUUAUUUCCAUAAAUUAUUAAGUAUCUACCAAUGUGAUUACAUUUUUAUACUUUGAUGCAUCAAAUUAUCAGUUGCUUUAUCGCAUAGAUAUAUAUUCUAUUUAUAGUUCUAUCUGGCUUGUUUGUUUUGAACUACUACUCAAAUAAUGUUGCGUUAGUAGUAUGUCUAUAUGUAAUGUGAUUAUUUUCAGAUAACUUAUUUCAUUUUUAUUAUUGUUCAGAAUACCAACAUGUUGUGAUACGUGAUUUUGAGUUAUUUAAUGUAUUUUGUAACUCUUUUUUUUUUUUUACUUAAAAGUGUCUUGGUGCAUAUGCUUAGAAGUUAAUUGUAUCCAGGCAAUCGAAAAUAAUAUAGCACAUAAAUUGUUGUUUACAUAUGUUUUUGUGGAAAAAUAUUUUAUAUAUGGAUUGUUGAUUAACCCGAAAAUAGAAUUAGUUCAUGUUUGAAAGCUCAAAUAUAAGAAAAACUUUUGUCAAAAUAAAUAAUAAAUAAAGUUUGCUUAUGUACUGAUAGGUAAUUAAAAUAUUCUCUAUUCGUAAUCGUAAUCGAAUUAUUCUGACCAACAUUCCAGUAAGAUUACUAAUUCAGAUUAUUAAUUCAUAUAGUGCUGUAAAUGAAUUAAUUUUAAAACUUUGAUUCAGUUUUUAUUGCAUCGGCGAAAGAGAACUGUGACAGGUUAAAAAUUGAAGAUCGAUAGAUAUAUAUGAAUUUUAAUGCAUACUUUUUGUAGUUCUCUGUAUCUAUCACAAAUUAAUAUAUAUUGAUCAAGACCUAUAUCAUGUACUUGAUCUGAGAUGGUUUGUUGUGUGAGAGACUUGUCACUUCUCUAGAUAUCUAGUAUUAGAACGCGACAGUCGUGUACAUCAGAGAACCGUUACCAUCUCCUGUCUUAGGAAAACAAGUAUCCGAUCAGCAUUCAGAAAUUCUAACCACCCAUCACCCAACACUGGUGAUGAAUUUGAGCAAAACCAAAUAUUGUUUCGAAACUUCUAUCGGAGUAUCCUGAACCAUACAAAACUAAAGGUAUUUGUUAAUCAAAGACAAAUUCGGUGAGUGCUUAUCAACUCCAGGAUGCAACUACAUUCAGCUGACGUCCGUUCUGGAUUCCAUUAAUACCCAUAUCCCAUCUAUUAUGUGUAAAAUUGUAUACCUUAUGCAGAUCGUCAUGACAUAUCCAUUAUGAUACAUAUGUCAACCAAGACUGAUCAAAAUUCAUUUGAAUUAAAGAACUGAAUAUCGCAAAUCACUCCAAAUAAAUUAUAUUUAUAGGAACUUGUUUUAUUGUUUUUAUGUAUUUCGAGCGUUAGUUUUAGAAAUCAGUCAUUUUUGUAACUUUCAUAAACAUCUCGUUUUCAGCAUUCCAUAUCGUCUAUCUGCGUUGAAUCUUCCGUCUUUCAGAAACCGAUUUGCAUACCUAAGACCGUCAAAAUAUGCAACGUUAUCAUCCAGAUUAAGGGUGACAUCUAGGCCAUAGAUACUAUCUUGAUGUGGUGUUUGGGCUUACAUAUAAUAAUCACCCAAAAGUGCCAUAAUGGCUGGAACACUUGUCUAAAAGCAGAAAACGCAUUUCCGAACAGCGACGAAUAUACGAAGGUUUGAAGUCAGUAAGGUGUUUGCACCAGAUAACCAGCAUCAGCAAUUAUGCUCAUUUUCCUCAAGGGGACGUGAGUGUUAAACACAGUUGGCCCUAAAAAUAGCAUACUUCAGCUUACCCCACAGGAUUCAGUCUCUGGAGGUAAGGUCUUUAAAGUAUAGAGUAGUCUACUUAGAAGCACACGAAAAAGAGUAAUUAUCCGACCCACAAUCGUUGUCCCUUAAGCCCCUUGGUCGUUAACUCUAACUCAGUUUCGUUUACUGGUCCCUCCAAAAGAAACACCUUUCCAUGGUGAGACAGGUUGAGAAGUAAAAAUCCCUAUCAGACCUCUGAUCGUACUCGACAUCAUUCAGAAAACAAUUUGACAUCCUAGUGCAGUACUUUCAAUCGCCUAUUGGUAAAGCCUUCUGUUAAAUGACUUUGAUUAUUAGGUUAGAACCACCAUAGUUCGAUGCCUACUUGAAUACGAAAUUAAUAACAUUAGAUUAAAAUUCAAGGACUAUAUUAUUUCAAAAACGAAACACAGUUAAUAGCUUUUUUCCAAUACUAAGUAAAAUCAUUUAUUAAAUACAAAAGAUAUUUUAGUUACAUUUUAACUACUCUCUAGUAAACUGUGUAAUGCCCAGCUAUGAAUAGGUGUCGAAGUAGGAACAUGAGUAUUAACGGAUUUGGAAGAAAUACCUAUAUACCUUCUAGGUUGUGGUAGUACACUUGAUCAGAACAAAAAUAAUGAAGGAAGGAAAGCUAGAGCAGAAGGCCAAGUCGACGUAUUUAUUUAGUGAUCUACAGAGUACCCCAUAAAAUGGUUAGGCAGUAAAUUACCCUAAGUAAAUAUCUAGAUCUCAUCAAACGUAUUCAGUUUGUAUGUAAUUUCAUGAGUUCGGCUUUAUGAUUACUUCUUACUAUUAUUAAAACUAAACAGCCCUGAUGAGGUAACCAUCUGAUCCUU